AUGCAGCAAAUGGACAACCCAGGUGGAGAGAAUCAGUACGGCGAUCAUGAGACCCAGGAAGCACUCACCUUUGACCGAGUUCAAGGCAUGCCAUACCUUCAGAUGGUUGUCAAAGAAGGCUUGCGAAUGCACCCUGCCACAGGCUUGCCAAUGUGGCGGGACGUCCCAGAAGGUUCGACUCUGGGCCUCAACGCGUGGAUAGCACAUCGCAAUACUUCGAUAUUCGGUCAGGAUGCUGCAAGGUUCCAACCAGAGCGAUGGGACCCUGAGGUGACGCCCAAGUCGGAGCUCGCCCGCAUGGAAGGGUAUUAUAUUCCGUUUGGAGCUGGCACGCGAACCUGCAUUGGCAAGAAUAUUUCCAUCAUGGAAAUCUGCAAGCUGAUUCCGAUGCUCGUGCAACGAUAUGACUUCGAGAUCGUGCCAUCUCCCCCAUCAAAACCUGGCAAAGGGGGCUCACAACUUGUGACGAAUAAUUUGUGGUUCGUCAAGCCCAUGAAUGUAUCAGUCAGGGUUCGACGGGCGAGGAAAACUUUUGGCGACGCGAAACCUUCCUGA